AUGUUGAGUAAGAUAAACAUCAUUCCUGAAAUUUUGCAACAUCUUUCAACAGAAACAAUCGAAAAGCAGGAAGCUAUCUCAUCCACCGUUUUCAUCAGAUAUACAGAAGAAGGGCAACUGGCAGAAUGCUUUCGCGCGUUCUACGGACCUUACGGCUCCAAAUACUUGGUCAUGACAACUAUUGCGUGUUCAAGAAGUACAAAACACCAGGACGUAGGAUUCCUAGUAGGAUGGUCCCGUCAGUUCUCGACAGGGCGCACCGUUGUACAAGCUCCUCAUCAUGGAAGAACGACAUCGCCUUACACGAGCCACAGGAUUCUCCCUUUCUUCCUCAGCAAAAGCAAUAGCCAUCUUACCCACAAUCGGUCAUGUAUGAUGUCCCACCUCUGCGACGCAAUAAAGCUGGACAUUUUCUCGAAUGAGGUAGCUGCAGAUAUCCAAUCCAAGCAGCAGCAAUUCGAAGAUAAGGAGUGGUGCUUGACUAGCGGCAUCGAGCUUCUAAACGUCGUAAGAAACUCUAGAUUGCUAGCGCUGAUCAGAAAGCGAGAGAGCUAUGAGCAAGCUGUGGAAGAAAGACUCAGCGAACACGCACGACUGUGGGCGGAACAAAAAGAUCUAGAGAAGCUCGCUGGACUGAUCAAGAGGCGGAAAGCUUCCAUGACGAGGCAAGCGUACGAUGCUGCCAGCAAAUUUUCCACUUCGGCGUCUAUUUAUGUAGAAGAUGACGACUACGAAGAGUACAGAAACCUCCUCUUGUAUCAAAAGGUACGUCUUCGGGCAUUGUUCUGUCAACGACUUCACGAGCAAGAAAUGGAUUGCAAGAAGUCCUCCGACUUUUACUUGAAUAAUCGCCAUCGAGUCUCGGCAUCGGAAUCGCACAACAUUCCUUCCAUCGAGCAGUUGAGAUGGAAGAGAACUCGAUUAGAGAUCGCGCGUCGGGCAUACGAAGUUGCUGUGAAAGAGAUGCUCGAAAACACCAUUGCUCCAAUAUUAUUACUCGAUGAGACAUUCCCAAUUUAUAAACUUACCACGACCAAUCUUGAAAAGAUCCCAGACACUGUACCUAUCACAUCACCAUCAUCAAGCAUCGGAUCUCUUUUCCAUGACAAGCAACAGGGAUCACGAGGGCAGACCUGUAAUAAGAGAUUGGUAGUUCACUACCACCACCUUUUCCAGCCCAACGCCUCACAAGCCAAGAAAGUCCACGACUUAGGCAAAAUUCUAGAAACCCAGGAGCGAGAUUUGAAGAAUUUCCAGGACGAAUUUUUUUCCGCUCAGUUGAAUUUCGAAAAUUUGUGGAUGCAAGAGCGUCGAAGUCACGUUGGUUUUGAAGAGCGGGAGCGGGAUAUGCUCGUGGAAAUGGAAGAGAUCCGGGAAGAGUAUCUUCGGGAACGAAGCAGGUUGCGAGAAAUGAUGGAGGAUAUGUAUGUCUCAUCAACGGUCGGAUUUGGAAUUUGGGGAUCGGACGAGAGGACUGCGGAGGCGUGCACGCCGUAUGCGGGUAUUAGGAAGUUUGUCUCCGUACCGCCGUCUGAUUAUUGUGAAGAGGAGGCUGGGUUGGAGAGUAGUGUGGAAUUUGAGGAAUGGAUUUCGAAUGGGAAUGGUUCGGAUUAUUCUGAGACCAGUCGAGCUAGGAAGCAGAUGCUGAUUGCCCCGGUGUGUGAUAAUGAGACUUUAGAGCUUUGGAGAAUUGAUGUCGACGAGAAGGUGUCCGUUCCCAUCAAGCUUCCCCGGUCCUGCUUGAAGGAGAGGCCAUUCGAGCAUCUCUACGUGGCCAUGUCCCUGUCCCUUGGCCUGAGCUUGACAUCAUCUCACAAUCUGCUCUUCCCUCCUAUACCUGCCAACCUUCUCACUUGA